CAUCAAGUUCAACUAGGCCUAGGCCUAAUCUGAGUCCCAUCUGAGUCUACGUUGGACCUGCCUUACGCUACAGGCGAAUUAAAAGGAGAUGUCUGACGCGAGCCCACAGACUCGUUUACAGAAGAGUUUGGUCAGUCGUCGCCAGUUUCUUCUGUCUGGACUGGAGGAAUCGGAGAAACGGGAGCUGGCGGAGAAGAUUUCCAGACUUAGUGGAGUGUAUCUGGAGUCCGAGAAUUUUAAGCCAGCAUGUACCCAUUUAGUCUGUGGUCGACUUUCCCGCAGUGAGAAGUUUCUGUGUGCCUGUGCUAUGGGGAUCUGGGUUCUCCACCCUCGAUACAUCAUAGACUCCGCAGAGAAAGGGGAGUGGCUGAGAGAGGAAGACUUUGAGUGGGUUAAUUUCUCCACUGGUAUCUCACUGGAAAUGGCUAAUGCAGCGCGUCGAUGGAGAUUUAAUGUGGAGGCUUUCAGGUCAUUUCCAUUUUCAGGAUGGAAAGCAGCAGUGAUUGUCCGAGGGUCAAGGAAAAGCUCUAUCUAUGCCAGACUGCUAUCCUGUGGUGGUGCGGAGGUCUACAAGUUGUCCUUGCCUGUGGGGAAUAGAAGCCGGGUAGCUAACAUUCUAACUUACGUUUUUGUUGGAGAGCGCAACAUCCAAGAUGCUCUUCAUUUGAUUGAAUACGGCAUCCUUUGUCUGCGUCCAGAGUUUAUUGGUGAUUACAUAUUACAGGAUCCCCCUCCAGACCCUCUAGAUUACCUUAUAAAGCCAGUCGCCAGUCCUUGUAAAAGAGAUCUCAGUAGCGUGGAUCUGGACAACAGUUUGAUGGACAUUCAACUUAGCCAGUCCACCUCCCUCCUGUCUACCUCGUCCUCUCAGUUGCUGGGGUCCCUUGAUACCGCAUCACGGGGGUCAGCCUGUAACACCCCACAGGGGUCAGCCUGUAACACCCCCCGGGGAUCAGCAUGUAACACCCCCCAGAAGUGGUCAGAUCUACAGAACAACAGAGUCCCUAACUCUCCACUUGUACCGACAGAUUUCUCCAUGAGAGUAGAUGCUCCCUGUUCCUCGUCUGUACCAGAUUUAUCACAGAGAAAAAGUCAGAAGAGGAAGACCAUGGAUGACUUGGAUAAUGCAGUACGUCAACUCAAAAAAAUCAAGGUAGCACAUCAAGGCGAUUUGUGGCAUUCUUCUGUGUUUACAGGAUUGUCAGCAGAAAACAAACAGGAGGUAGAAGUCGCCUCCCCUUUUUCUGAGAACCUGGCUGGGAUGAUCAUGGCUUGUUUUGAGGAGGAGAGUAAUGACCUGGAGUUCUUCCUGUCUGGGCUGGACCUGGUGAUGUCCAGUAUAUCAGACCGACAGUUCCCAACAGACAACAUCAUCAGAACUAUUGUCAAGGGACUGAUAAAGGACAGGGGACCAAAGAGCCCCCAAACUGAGUUGAUCCAGUAUCGCUGUUACAACGUCCUGAUGAAAAUCCUCUCUCUACACCCACCCACCACCCCCACGACCACCGAGCUUUACCGGGCAGCAUACACAGAUACUCAGGAUACCACACAGACCCAGGGCACAGUGUUCAGCUCUUUUCUCCGGAGACUGGCUGACACAGAUAGUACAACUUUUCCAAAAGGCCAUGUUCUGCUACUGAGGUUUAUUGUAGCGGCCCUGGAAGUCAAUCUCCAGCAUUAUUUGGACAGAAUUGAGAAAGAGGAGAUAAAUAUCCGUAAACUGAGGGGAUGUAUGUACGCUCAGAUUUUAUGGCCUGGCAGCACACUGUUGUCUGUCAGUGCCACGUGUAAGGACUUGGUUAAACUGUUUGGAUUCUGUGUCACUGAAGAUAUGGAUGACUCAAUGAAGAGAGACCUGAUAAAGCUGAGCACCAGCCUGAUUUGUAUGGCAGUACUUAUUGCACAGUACGUAGAGACAGGUCAGAGGUUAAACUUACAGGAGCCAAUCGUACCCAGCCAUACAGCAGCCUCCUUACUGCACGAAGCGGUACGCCAAGUUCCAAGCACUCUCAGGAUAGAGUUAUUAAGAACAAUUCUUAGGAACCUGAGUCCUUCUUGGAUUGCUGUUCAUUUCUGCUGCUUACUUCUCAAAAAUCUAGACGAUUAUCUUCUGCUGCAAGAUCUUCCAGCGGAGGGCAUAAGUCUGAAGGAAAUUGUCACAAAGUACUUCUUUCUGUUACCAAAACUUAACAGCAAUCAAAGUAAUCUAAGACAGAGUUCACAUAAAAAGAGGAGUGUAUCCAGGUCACAGCAGGAGAGUAACACGAGAACGAGGAGAUCGCUGCUGAAGGGGAGAGACAAGGAGAACGAAGGAUUGGGUGAGGGAACCAGUACAACGUCAGCUGGGAAAAAUGUCAACAAGAAGAACAUUAAAGGUCAAGGACAGAAAAUAAGUCAGCUUAUGACCAUUGAGAUUUUGUAUUGUAUUUUGUAUCUUUGUUGUGGAGAAACUCCUCUACAAGCAGCUUGUAUUAAAAACGAUCUGAAGAAGGUCAGGCAGCUUCUGAAGAUUCCAG